UUGCUUUGCUUUGCUUUGCUUUGCUUUGCUUUGCUUUGCUUUACUUUACUUUAAAAUCUCCGAAAACAAAAAAACGGAGUUUUGGCGCGAAAAGAGAAAGGAAGUGUGAGCUGGCACCAACUACCUACCUACCGCACACGCACCUCAUGUACAACAUCUAUUUUACUCAGACAACUUUUUUUUUUCAAAAUUCUCUUUGUUCUUCUCUUUUUUUAACACUCCCUGGAUAUCGGUCCUUCUCAUGUCCUCGCCUUUUUUUUUUUUUUUUUUUACACUUUAAUAAUUUCUGGUUAGUGCUGGCCUAUACACUUGAGACAACACUUCUUUCAUUUUCUCUGCUUUGUUAUUUUGGUUCUAGCCCCUGUCUCUCUUUUUUUUUUUUCUUCUUCUUCUCCUCCUCCUUCUUCUUCUUCUUCUUUGUCUGUUUAGUAUUUUACUAUUUACUAGGUAAUUUCUUUGAACCUUUAGCGGUAGCUACAAAAUAGAAUACUAAGGUUAGAAAAAGCGAAUAUUUUCUUUCUCUUUUUGACACUCUUCUGUUUGAAAUGCAGGUCAAGGUUAAAUGAAAC